GCACGGUGCCGCCAGCGCGGCGGCUGCAGCGAGGAGGAGGCGGGGAUGCGGACCAGGCGUCGCCCGGAGGGCCGCCGCCGCAGCCAGAGGACGAGGCGUGGCGGCGCGAGAAGCGCGGCAGCGGCGAGCCCGCCGGCAGCGCGGAGGUGCGGCGGCAGCGCGUGAAGGCGUGGCAGCGCGACCCCGAGGCAUGGCCGAGCCAGCGGACGGAGUGGUAUCGCCAGAAGUCG